AUGCCCGCCCCCUCGCCCCUCGCCAUCACCACCAGCUCCGUGCAGCGGCUGCUCAAAGAGGAAGCUUCCUACCACAAGGAGCUCGCCGACCAAGAAAAGACCGUCAAGGCUCUUCAGGAAAAGUUUGACGCCGGCGCGACUGAUGAAGAUGGCAACGAGGCUUUCAUGCUAAAGCAGCACCAAACCGCCAUCGAGCAGACAAAGGGUGUCUUUGGCCCCCUUAAGCAGCGCAUCGCCGACGCCGUCGCCAAGCUCGAGGACCAGGUCGCGGCCGCGGAGCAGGGAGGCGCUGCCUCCGAGGCAGAAGUUACCCAGGCAAAGACGGUGCUCGCCCAGGCCAAGGCUGCUGCCUAA